GCUCUAUACACUUGAAGGUCUUGACUUCAUCGCCGCCCAGUGCUCAGGUCCACCGCACUACGCCAUCAGAAGCACUGUGAACGAAACCGCAUUCUACACCCAUGACCAGCAACGGUACAGCACAUUCCCAGAACGGCGCUGGCGCGCAAGCUUCUGCUGCGCCAGCAUCGUCGAAUGCCAGCAGCGGCAACAAGCAGGCUGACCCUUCCGAGGUUGGUUGGCUCUUCGUGCCGCAGUACUACCUUUUACUCAACCAGGACCCGCAAAGACUGCAUCGCUUCUACACCAAGAGGAGCACUUUGAUUCAUGGCGUUGAGCAGGAAGACACGACACCAUGCUUUGGCCAACAGGCAAUUCACAGCAAGAUCCUGAGUCUGGACUUCCAAGACUGCAAGGUGUUCGUUUCCAGUGUUGACAGCCAGUCCUCCGCAAAUGGCGGCAUUGUGAUUCAGGUCCUGGGCGAGAUGUCAAACAAAGAUGGUCCUUGGCGCAAGUUUGCUCAGACAUUCUUCCUGGCAGAGCAACCGAAUGGGUACUUUGUGCUAAAUGAUAUCUUCAGGUAUCUCAAAGACGAAGAGGAGACGGAGGAAGAAGUCCAGGAGGUUGACGACGCCCUCAAUGAUGAGCUUGCCGACGCCGAAAAGAAGAGUGGAGUGGUCCACCACGAUGUUGAUGUCACCGUUGCGCUUCAAGAAGGUGACAAAGAGUAUCUGCCGUCUGCAGACACGCUGAGAGCCUCGUUGCCGGUCGCGACACAGGCCGAGCAGAGCGAUGAAGAGCCCGAGAACCAGCAAGCAUCAAUUGCAGAGCAGAUGGCCUCGACCGAUGAGCCCGCUCCCGAGACGCAAUCUGCUGCGCCCGCAGCCAAUAGAGUGGCAGCAGAACCCUCUCCUGCACCACCUGCCUCGACAUCGACUGCUGCAGCGGCGAAAAAAUCUGACAGCGCUCCCACGAGUCAGUCUGCUUCUUCGGCUCCAGCCCCAGCGAAGCCCAGCGCGCCGAAGACUUGGGCCAGCUUGGCUGCUUCCAGCGCCAACAAGUGGACCGAGAAUGUGGCCUCCAACGCCCGUGGCAUUACCACUGCACCAAAACCUUCGGCUCCUGCAGCGCGUGCACCUUCAGCCGCCCCCCCUGCAGCACCAUCGGCCACUAGCCGGACAUCUGCACCCGCAGCCACACCCGGCCGUCCUCACCGCGGAGACGAGGAGGCAUCCGUCUUUGUAAAGAAUGUCAACGCCGACCGCGUCAAGACGGAAGCGCUCCAGAAGGUGCUCAGCUCCUUCGGAAACGUGCUCAACUUGCACAUGAUCCCACAGAAGGCCUGUGCCUUUGCCGAUUUUGCCACGGCCGACGAUGCGAAGCGAGCAAUCUCUGCCAGCCAGGAGAAUGGAGGCAUCAGCAUCGAUGGAUGGACCGUUUCUGUGGAAGAGAAGAGAAAGCACGACAAGCCCGCCGGCACUGGUAGAGGCCAGUCCGAUCGUGGAUCCUUCCACGGCAACGCGGGACGUGGUCGCGGCAGGGGAAACUAGGUUUUGCAUCCUAGGGGGCGAGAGUUGGGCGAACGAUCACGCACGCAGUGCGGCCCAGGCGAGCAUCUGAGCAUUUGAGUCGCUUCACCAUAGCAUGCAUAUGUAUCAUUUUCACAACAAAAGCAUCGCAGCAUGGCAAUGGC